AUGAGUAUCCGGAGCAAGUGGAGAGAAUAUGUGGCUGCACUCAGUGCGACGCUGAUCACGGCGGCGGCUGGAACCACGGUGGGCUGGACCUCGCCGACUUUGCCUAUUCUACUGUCAAAAAAUUCCCCCAUACAGACCUCAGCCGAUCAGAGCUCAUGGAUCGCGUCACUCAUGAUACUUUGCUCAGCGGCCAGCCCUAUUCCUGCGUCAUACCUUGCAGAUAGAAUAGGAACAAAGAAGACUCUUCUAUUAGCGGCAAUUCCAUAUAUAAUCGGUUGGAUUAUGGUAAUGCUCGCCGGCAACAUACCAACAAUUUAUGUAUCACGGCUUAUCUCUGGCCUUGGUUACGGUAUCGCCUACACUGCCGCCCCAAUGUACUUGGGAGAAAUCGCAUCCAAUGAGGUUCGUGGUGCAAUGACCACCCUCAUCACUGUUAUGUCAAAGUUUGGUAUCCUGUCACAGUACUGCAUCGGGCCGUACGUGUCGAUGCUUGGACUAGCGAGUUUCAAUAUCGCUAUCCCAAUACUAUUUGUAGUUACAUUUAGUGCAAUGCCAGAGUCUCCAUACUACUAUUUAAAAUCAGGGCGGAAAAAUUUGGCUGAAUUAUCUUUAAAGAAACUGCGGGGCAGACGAUACAUAAGAGAAGAAUUAGAGUGCAUGACACACCUAGUGAAUGAAAAUAUGAAGGAAAAAAGCAGAUGGAAGGAUCUUGUCGCAGUGGGAGGAAAUAAAAAAGGACUCAUUAUAUUAUUAGGUAUAUAUUUCACACAGCAGUUCUGUGGUAGCACUGCUAUAAUAGCAUAUGCGCAACAAAUAUUCGGAGCUGCUGAAGGUGGACUAGGAGCUAAGGAAUCGUGCAUAUUAUUUGGCACGGUGCAAUUGUUAACAUCCGCAAUAUCUUCUCAACUAGUCGAUAGAUUAGGAAGAAAGCCUCUAUUAUUAGUGUCCUCGUGUGGUGUUGGCCUAGCCAAUAUCAUCAUAGGUGCCUACUUUUUCAUGAAACACAAAAACAGUGAAUUAGUAAUAAAUGUAAGCUUUAUUCCCAUUGUUGUGAUACCUAUAUUUAUAUUUUCUUAUACAAUAGGAUUAGCUACAGUGCCUUUUGCUAUCACAUCGGAAAUAUUUCCGACUAAUAUUAAAUCAAAAGCCACAUGUGUGAUACAAAUAUUUGUAGCUCUAAUGACAUUUGCUGUCACUAAGCUUUACCAAGUGAUUGCAGACAAUUUAGGAAAUUAUGUUGCGUUUUGGUGUUUCGGUUUGUUAUCUAUGGGUGGUGUUAUUUUCAUAUUGCUUUUGCUUCCGGAAACAAAGGGACAAUCUUUUGCUGCAAUACAAGAUAAACUAUAUUCAAAUGAAAAAGUGAUUUUUGAGAAGCAAGAUGAAGAUAUGAGCAGGGUUAGAUUAAAUAUAUAA